AUGUCGUGCCCCCAUCUCGACUCUGUCGAGCUCAAGCCGCCGACUCCUGUACAGUCUGUGUACAAGGAAGAUUGCACUCAGUGCUUUGACUCGAUUGACAACCCCGGAGGCCUCGAUGUCUGCCUCCAGUGCUUCAACGGUGGCUGCACCGCCGAGAGGCAGCACUCCUUGCUUCACAACGCCGUCUGGAGCCACCCGCUUGCCCUAAACAUCCGCCGCACCCGAAAGACGAUCGACCGCGAUGAACCUCCGGCUAAGAUCACGAAGCUUGCCAUCGCCGCCGAGACAGAAGAGGACCGAUACGACACGGCUCUGGGUGUCAAAUGCCUCGAAUGUCAACAAGAACUGGACAUGACAAAUCCUAAAAUUGCACCCAUAGUGGACGGCAUCCUGAAAGCACACACCUUUUCUCGAAAAGAAGAAGUUAAGGCGUGGGAGCAGGAGCUCACGUCAUGCGAACACAUCUUGACCAUGCAGCAGCACCCAUCCCGCAAGAUCGAGCAAGGCGACCUUGGCCACUGCUCAGGCUGCGACCUUAGAGAAAAUCUCUGGCUUUGCCUGGAAUGUGGCAAUCUAGGCUGUGGCCGAAAGCAGAUGGGUGGCGUCGACGGCAAUUCCCACGCUCUGGGUCACGCCAACGAGUCUGGACAUGGUGUAGCUGUCAAGCUUGGAUCCAUCACUCCGGAAGGCACCGCCGAUAUCUACUGUUAUAGAUGCGACGAAGAGCGCAUCGACGAGCAGCUUGGCGAGCAUCUGGCCCACUGGGGAAUUAUUCUUGCCGAGCGACAAAAGACGGAAAAGAGCUUGACGGAGAUGCAGAUUGAGCAAAAUCUCAAAUGGGACUUUAGCAUGACGACCGAAGAUGGCCAUGAGCUGAAGCCUGUUUUCGGAUCUGGCCUCACUGGACUGAAGAAUCUCGGCAACAGCUGCUAUCUAGCCAGCAUUAUCCAGUGCUUAUUUGAUAUGCCCUCGUUCCAGGAGCGCUACUAUGGUGCCAAUAAAGAUUUGCCGAUCGUGCAGGAGCCCGCAGCCGACAUCGAGACUCAGCUGAGAAAAAUUGCCGAUGGUUUAUUAUCUGGAAGAUAUUCGGAGCCUGAUAAUUCUGUGACAUCGGGAGAAGUUGCCUAUCAGAGAGGAUUGGCGCCAGCAAUGUUCAAGCAUUUGAUAGGAAGAGGGCACGAAGAGUUUUCCACGAUGAGGCAGCAAGAUGCCUUUGAAUUGUUCCAGCAUCUUUUUAAGCUCAUCAGCCGAUCACCGCACAAUGGCCAAAAGGACCCUACCGCCGAAUUCCGAUUUGUCCUGGAGCAGCGACUCCAGUGUCUUGGAUGCCACAAAGUCAGGUAUAGCUCCAACGAACAGGACAACAUCUUCCUCGACGUGCCAUUGGUGAAGCUUGAUGCUGGAGGUGAAGGUGCUGAAACAGCUAAUGCCUACAAGCCCGUCACUCUAAAGGAGUGCUUAGACAACUUUACCGCGCCUGAAAAGGUCGAAUUGACUUGCUCAUCUUGCGGUAGCAAAGCAGGCUUCACUAAGCAAUCCCUCUUCAAGACUUUCCCCAACGUUUUGGCUGUCAAUGCACGAAAGAUGGCUGUGGUCAACUGGGUUCCCAUCAAGAUUGAUGUCCCCGUCAUUGUUCCAGACGAGCCGUUUUUGUUGGACAGCUAUCUCUCCAAGGGACUUCAGCCUUCCGAAGAACUUUUACCAGAGGAGCCUGAAAACCAAGCCCCAGCGUUUGUACCGGACGCGGCUGGUAUUGCGCAGCUUGAGGCUAUGGGCUUCCCGCGAAAUCGCGCCGAGAAAGCACUGCAUGCGACGGGUAACUCUGAUGCUAAUGCUGCCAUGGAGUGGUUGUUUGCACACCUCGAUGAUGCCGACAUUGAUGCGCCUCUUGAUCUGGGUGCCGGAUCGGGAAGCGCAGGCACAGCUGACCCCGAAAAGAUUGAGAUGCUGGGGGCCAUGGGCUUUGGUGCUCCCCAAGCCAAGAAGGCGCUGAAGGAAACGGGCGGCGAUGUCGAACGAGCUGUUGAAUGGCUGUUCAGCCACCCUGAUGACCAAGGCAUCAUGGAAGACGAGAGCUCAGGCGGUGCGGCCGACAAGUCUCAAAAGGAGCUUGCAGGAAGCGCAGCACUCCCAGCACAAUUCCAACUGCAGUCCAUUGUGUGCCACAAGGGCACCAGUAUCCACGCCGGCCACUACGUCGCCUUUAUUCGAAAGUCGCUAGAAGGCAAAGAUACGCCCACGUGGGUGCUUUUCAACGACGAAAAGGUCGUGGAGGCUCACGAUGUCGAAGAGAUGCGCAAGUUUGCGUAUGUGUACUUUUUCAAGAGAGCGUAA